AUUAAUAACAAUUCAAUCGAUAAUGAGAUUCACAUUAAGAGCUAUUCUUACGACUCUUUCUAUCCAUUCCUUCAGUUCUUGUAUGCAAUCAAACCGAAGAUCACUCCCAGAAUCGCUCGCGAAGUCUCAAAGUUGGCCACACUUUAUGGCGAAUCAGUUCUUCAGGAGUGGUGCGGACAGACAUUGGGAUCAAGUGAUGAGACAAUUGAUUUGACAAACAUUUGUAGUUUGUAUGAGAAGUCUAUUACCGAUGGAUCCGUUGAUUUGAAUAUUUACGUAAAGUUUCCCCAUUUAUGUCCACAACCGGUGGUCACCGAAGACCACCACAAACUUAGGAUCAAAGUAUUGGUUGUUUUCGGUGAUAAUGGCGAAGAAGUGAUUGUUGUGACCACCGAUGACCGGGUCUACGGCUUUGGGACCAACCGUUUCGGUCGACUCGGUCUCGGAGUGAGUGAUGCCAUCGCAAGACCGCAACUGAACGCCACUCUCACCGGAAAGAAGAUAUCGAAGAUAUGCUAUGGUUUGGGACACUGUUUGGGACUCACGAGUGGCGGACAGUGCUAUGGAUGGGGACAUAACGCGAGCGGACAGCUCGGCAUCAGAUCUGUUGAAGACAUGUCAACCCCUCAACCAAUCAAAAUACUUAAUAAAACAUUACAAUCCAAAUCAGUGACAGACAUCUCAUGCGGUGAUAAUCACUCGCUGGCGCUGACCAAAGACGGCUUUAUCUACAGCUUUGGGGCCAACGAUCGGCGCCAAUGCGGUCACAAAGAGGGCGAAAUGGUUUGGCGACCGUUUAGAGUCAAAAUUAAAGAUAGAUUUGUGUCCAUUUCUUGCGGUCGCAGCCAUUCUUCGGCUCUGACCGAUACGGGAACCGCUUAUGUCUGGGGCAGUAAUGAUUGCCAACAGUUGGGUCCCAAAGCAGUUGUAGUGCCCGGAAAGACGUAUUGUUGGCCGCAAUUGUUUAUUGGCCACAAUUCUGAUCUCAUAUAUGAAACAGUGUUGUGCGGACCCAAUCACACGGUACUGCUGGCGGCGGCCGGUAUUGUCUUCGUGUACGGCAGUGACGACUGGAAACCCGAUCCCAAAAGUGACCAAUUAUUGAACAUUUUUCCCAAUAAAUACGUCAAAUCCAUUGACACCACUUAUGACAAUCGGGUAGUGAUUGUGAAGGCAAUUGACGGCCAGCUGUUUAUUCUCGGGAAAGCCAACGGUUCCAUAACUUGGACUCCCAUUGAUAUAACGAUCGGUUGUUCACUGUUUGACAUUUACGCCAAAUAUUGUGGUUAUAACCGGACUUUUGCAUCGAUUGUGGAUUUAAUUAAGACAUCGAUGUCAUCGAUGAAUAGCUGUUCCCAAAGCGAUGAAGAAAUCUAUUGGUCUGAAGGAGAAGAGACAGAAGAAUGCAAUGAUUUAGUCAUUAAUACAAUCGGUCCACACAUUGACGAUAAGUGUCACAAAUCGGGAUCUGUAUUACCCGACGGCACGUCAGAUGUUUUGAUAUCGGAAUUAAUUGAUCCUAAAUCGAGCGGUAAUUCAACGAAAUCCAGUUUAUGUCUCAAUGAAUGUGAAGAUAACACGAAGAAUACGGUUACCGUUGACUCCAAGAACACCGCCUCUUGUGAACGGAAUUUAAGUAAACCCAGUGUUACUUCGGGAUCCUUUGGCCGCAAGAUUACCACAAAAAGUGCUUCAAUCGCACCUCGUUUAAGUAUUCAAAGCAUUGAAGCGAUUAAAAAGCAUUUGUUGCCCAUCAAGUCAUCGACGAAGAGCUGUUCCAAAACAGUAGAAGAGAUCUAUUGCUUAGAAGAAGAGAAGGAUAUCAAAGCCAUUGGUCCACAAACUGGCACUCAAUGUCACAAAUUGAUAUCAAAUAACUGUUCCGAAAGCGAUGAAGAGAUUUAUUUAUCUGAUUCCGAGGGCGAAGAAUCACAAACUACGGGAAUCAUUGACUCAAACAGCACUGAUAGUUGUGAUCUUCUCGUAUCGAAUGGUUAUGAAAAGGAAUUGUUUAAAGCGUUUAACAAUCGAUUGGAUUCUGAUUUGAGAUUUAUUGUCGAAAAUCAGUUCAUUUAUUGUCACAAAACUGUUCUCAAGAUUAGAAACAAAGAGUUUUGGGAAAUAUGUGAACAAAAUAUGUUUACCGAACGGGAGAUUGAAAUGAAUGCCUAUUCUUAUGACACAAUUAAAGCGUUUCUCAUGUUUUUGUAUGGAUUGCGACCCGAAGUGAAUGACCAGAACUGUACGGAACUCUUGGAAUUGGCUGAAGAUUAUGGCGAACACAGACUCAAAGACAUUUGUGGAAACUCUAGAAAUUUUAAUAAAAUUUAA